GAAAUUGGUAAGCACCCCGACUUGUCUGAGGAGGAAAUGGCGAAGUUGGCAGCUCUAAAAUAUCAAGAAAAUGUGCCUCAUAAUCGAGCUUGGUAUCGUAUAAACGCCACCCGUGGAUUGACCGGAGGAAACAAGUUGGUGCCCACUAUGAAGAAAGAUCUGCAGGAUAUCUAUGAGGCAGCCAAGCACCAUGAGCCAGAAAAAGAUCGACUGGCAUCCCAGGGGAGCCUGACUGACCUCAGUGAGAAGGGUACUAGGGCCGUCAUUGAAUUCACCGCCACCUCGUGUGCUGUACUGGAGAACGAAAAGCGUGUGAGGAUUGGCAUCAGACGAAGUGGGAAAUUGGACUCAAAAGUGAUCUUCAGGGUUGAAACCAUUGAUGGCACAGCAGAGGCUACUAAAGAUUACAUCCCCGUCAAAACUUCCAUGGUAUUUGAACCCAAUGAGACGUCCAAAUACAUUGACAUAGAAAUCAUUGAUGAUAAUGAGUGGGAACCAGAUGAAACUUUCUUUGUGAGACUUUCUCUUGACGCAGACCAAAAUGCAGUCAUUGGGAAAAAAUCCAUUAACCAAGUGACUAUUAUUAAUGAUGAUG